AUGUCUGCUGGUACUUCUGGUGCGACAGAAUUCAAGACUAAGUUUGGUGAAAUGGUUAAAACAGAGGAAUUAUAUCCAGAACAAGUCUAUAAUAUGGACGAGACCGGGCUAAACAUUAAAAUGUUACCCGAAACAACUUUUCUAGGCAGUCAUGAACAGUCUGCCUCUGGCUUCAAAAAGAACAAAGAACGUAUUACAGUGGUCGUUUGUUCGAAUGCAGCAGGGACUCAUAAAGUUCCUCUUUUCGUUAUUGAUAAUGCUCCAACCCAUUCUCAUGACUGCGCUGUAGAUGACAUACAAUUAGUUUAUCUUCCUCCUAAUGUGACAAGCUUAGUGCAACCAAUGGACCAAGGAGUGAUCGAAAGCUUAAAAAGACGAUACAGGCGUAAACUUGUUUCUGAAAUUCUGCAACAUUCGGAGAGUGAAGACAAAGGUCUUUUAGAAGUCAUCAAAAAGAUCAAUAUCAAGGACGUUAUCUAUAUGUUAGCUACAGCAUUUCAAGAAAUGCCCUCUUCAACGUUUGUUAAGUCUUGGAGAAAACUUUGGCCAGAUGUUGAGAAUCUAAUUGUGAUCUCGAAUAUUGCAGGGGCUGAAGAAGAAGAAAACAAGUCUACUUUACAAGACCUUCAAAAGUUAUCGGGUAACGAAUCAUUACUGGCAGAAGAUGUGGAAAAUUGGAUGAUAAACUGUGACGAACUCCUUGAAAAUGAAUUUUUGAAUGAUAACGAAAUCAUAGAUUUAGCAAACAAAGAACAAGAGGAAGAUGAUCAGAGUAGUGACGUUGAAGAGGAGAAAACAGUUUCUCAUGAAGAAGCCAAAAAUGUGAUGGAAAUUGCAUUGAAGCAUUAG